GCAUGUGACUGACAUUUCUCGAUUUCUCCUAUUGCUGUCGCUGUUAAUUGAAUUUACAAAUAGGAUUUAUUUUAUUUGUUGGAAAAUGCCUUAUUGAAAAGUUAAAACAAUGUUAGGAAACCUUAAAGAUUUCAUUUCUGUUGUACAAGAUGGCUUAAGUUCGCAUAACAAUUUACGACAGACUUUACAAGAAGUUCAUAAAGUGACCAAUAUUUUUAAAGAUAAACAAAAAGUUAAUACUGAAAGUAAAGUUAAUUACGGUGCUGGAGGAGAGAUUUUGGAAAAGUAUCAAAACGAUUGGGUCGAUAUUCACGCGAACGCGGAGCAAAAUGCAAAAGCAGCUGAUGAAGUUGAUAAACUUAUUAAAGAACUGCAUGUUAUAACUAAUACACGUGUAAAAUGUUAUAAAGAUUUUUCUCAAGCUUUAUCUCAAUUACCAGCAGUAACUGCUUCCGUCGCCCAAUGUGCAGACGGUUUGAGAAACAUUAAAACACUAUUACAAGAUGUUGAACAACAAAUGGUAGAGUUUGAAGAUAUGAUCGAGAGAAGGAAAAUGGAGAAAUGGAAAUUAGAUCAUCACUACCAAUUAACUCUUUAUAAAGAGAAAAAAAUGGCUGAGUUAGAAGAUAUUCGGUCUAAGUUGGCUAAAGAGAACUCUGAACAGAAUAUGGAAAGAGAACGAAGGCAGCUAGCUGAACUACAGGCUAAGAGGGAGAAUAGUGCAAUUGAAUUCCAGAAAGAUAUAGCUAAAUAUCUCUCCAGUGGCAGUGUGCCUACAAAGUUGCCAUCUUCUCCUAAGAUUACCCUUGAACAAAUCCAGCUUGAAGAUGACAAAGCAGAUUUAGAAAAGUUUUUGGACAGUUGACUUAAUUAUAUAAUUUUAAUAUAUGGUGAUAUGGCAGAGCUUUUAUAGUAUAUAAGAAUUAAUAUAUAUAAUUUUAUAUUCCAAAGUUACA